GUACUACGUCACAGGCUCUGUCUACGUGCAGCUGUGUGAACGUCAUCCGAAGUCAGUUGCCCGGUAAAACCACGCUGCCUAGUUCUGCGUCGAACAAGUACCAGUUUGAUCUAAUUCAGGUUACUGCAGGUGUGUAAUAAACAGUCAACAUGUCGUCGCGUCCAGCUGAAGUCAAGAAGUUUGACCCAAGUGAAUACAGAAUUGAAGAUUCAAGUACUAAACUGAAGAGGAAAACACAAGAAGAUCCAUUUGUCCCAAUCGGUAUCGCUGGUCUUGUCGCUGCGCUUGGCUGGGGUGCAAUAUCUUACAGACGUCACAAAAAGCAUGGCAUGUCAACAUCUAUAUUUCUAAUGAGAUUGAGAGUUGCGGCACAAGGCAUGGUUGUUGGCGCUAUUACGGCCGGCGUUAUAUACUCAAUGGUGAAAGACUUGCGUCAACAAUACAACAGAGAUCACCACAAAUAAAGCAUAUUUAGAAUCACUGAAAAUAAUCUAGCGUAAAUCUCAGUACUGUUUUUUUUUAUAUCCAGCAGUGUAAUUUAUGUUGCUUUUAUUUUGUUAUCAAUGACGUUUUUGAACAAAUGAGUGGUUGCCUUGACAACUACAUCCAGCAACCAGUUAUUUAUAGUUAGAAUGUCAUAUGAACAUGAUGCACUUUACGACUGGUAAUGUAUGUCCAUUACGAUUCAGACUUGCAGAUUAUUCUCGGUGAGUCUGACUACUGGUAUAUUUGUUGUAUAAUAUUCACAAUUCAAAAUAUAACUUCUUACCGGUUGUUGUGGCUUCUAUUUAUAUUUCUUGGCAAUAGACCAUAUUCACAAAAUGGCUGUGCAGAUCACGUUGAGGGCAUGAAGGCCACAAGACUUGUUUUUGCGCACCGAAUAUAUUUCAUUCUCUAUUGUCAUGGAGUUUAUUGUUGAAUAAGAUCUCUGAUAUUCGGCCAUUUUCUAAUAAGUUCUAUUGUGUUAAGAUUAUUACAAAAUAAACUAUAAUUUGAGAUUUACUAUUUUCUUUAUUUUGCAGUUUUAUUCUAAAUUUGGAAUAUCAAAUGAUUUAAUAUCAUUAGUCAAUAUACAUCACAUGACUAUCUGUUCCGGGGCUUGACAUUAACAUUUUAAACUUGUUUGUCCGAAAUGUACAUUGUCCAAGUAUUUACUAUAGUUCAAGGCAAGUGAGUUACUAUUCAGUUGUCUGAAUGGAAAUUUUGCUUGUCUUGAACUAUUGAGCUACCCAUGGUGUCUAGCCUUUCAGCUCCUCCCAUUGGUUCACACAUAUCCACAUUUUGGUUAGUUUUACUUAAUGUUAUCAAACAUUAUCAACACUUCGGUAAGAGUUGCUUGUUCCGAGCUCUUGAGUAUGGACAUCGGAACACUUUUUUCUGAACCGUCUGUGGCUUAUUGGCAUUCUAUUAGGAGCACCGAUUUUAUUUUUUCACAAAUGGUUUUAUUUCCUGUGUUUUCCAUAUUGUAAUAACUUUCCUUUCUGUGUUUCUAGUGUGUGAUGUGUAAUAAAUUAAUAUAUUGGCAUCAUUUUGGUGCCCUCCCCCUCUUAUUGGUUGUAAUGAUAUAAUAAGUCACAUGACACUUUUCAUGCUGUAUUUUGGUUUGUGUACAAGUGAAAAUUUCACUGAACUACUGGAGCUUAUUAAAAUUAAUUUAAUGUAUCUGAAAA